CUUCUUUCGUUCUUUAAAGUGAAAAUAAUAAAUUCAGGAACCGCGAGCGUGUCCCAAUAUAGGGGACUGAUCUUCCCAGGUGGCUUCAGCUAUGCGGACACUCUAGAAUCGGCCAAGGGCUGGGCAGCCAACAUUCUCCACAACUCCAUCCUUUUACCACAAUUUCAGGCCUUCAAGCGCAGAGAAGAUGUUUUCUCGUUGGGCAUUUGCAAUGGUUGCCAACUGAUGACUCUUAUUGGAUUUGUAGGAUGUCCAGGCAGCGAGGUUGGUGUAGAUCCCGAUGUGGCCCUACUCCACAACCGAUCAGAGCGAUUCGAGUGCCGCUGGGCAAUAGUGAAAAUUCCAUCGAAUCGCUCUGUCAUGCUCCGAAGCAUGAAAGAUCUAAUUCUAGGCUGUUGGGUGGCUCACGGAGAAGGUCGUUUUGCAUUCCGAGAGGAGAAGCUCAUAAGCGUACUGCAGUCGGCUGAGUUGGUGACACUGCAAUAUGUUGAUGAUACAGGCGAGCCCACUGAACUCUAUCCACUUAAUCCGAACGGCAGCCCUAGGGGAAUUGCUGGACUUUGCUCGACUGAUGGACGUCAUUUGGGUUUAAUGCCGCACCCAGAGCGUUGCUCGGCUAUGAACCAGUGGCCAUAUGUUCCACCUUCUUUCGAAGUUUCCCCCAAACAGGCUGAGAGUCCUUGGCAGAUUAUGUUUAACAACGCAUACAAUUGGUGUGUUAAUUCGGAUUCAUAAAAAUCCUACCGGUAAAAGAAAGAUAUACAUUCUACAGAACACGAAUUUGUCUACUAAUUUUAUACAUAAUACCUUUAACACCUGUAAACUUUUUACGCCCAAUAAAAGUACAUAAAAACAUAUAA